CUUUAAUCGAGACAUUGCUCCGUUUCUUCGUACAAAUGGCAUCCCCAAAGGACACCAAGAGCAACACCACGGUGAUUGGGACUGAUGUUAUCCAUGCAGACGACGAGUUCCACGGUCCUGAGGUCGUCCCUUCAAUAUCCGUGUCUACUACAUUCAGGCAGCCCAAGAUUCAUGAUGAUAUGGAGCUGACUGCGGCAACAUUCUGGACUCCGACUAGGCAUGUCUACUCCCGUUAUACCCAACCUAUCAGUACGCGGGUGGAGAGGGUUUUGAGCAAAGUGAAUCAAGGAUAUGCUCUCACGUAUAGCUCAGGCUUAGCUGCAGGUUAUGCUGCUUUGAUCCACCUUCAACCUAAACGCAUUGCCAUCACCGAAGGAUACCACGGGAUGCACCUGGUGGUCAAGUCAUAUGUCGAAGGCAGAACUGUGGAGAUCAUUGGUAUAGAUGAUGAGUUCCAAGCUGGUGAUGUAUGUUGGUUGGAGACCCCUCUGAACCCAACCGGAGAAGCCAGAGACAUCAAGUAUUAUGCAGACAAGGUGCACGCCGUAGGUGGGAAGCUAGUCGUCGACUCGACGUUCGCACCUCCUCCACUGCAGUACCCGUUCAAAUGGGGAGCCGAUAUCGUCAUGCACAGUGGAACUAAGUAUUUCGGUGGCCACUCUGACCUUCUCUGUGGUGUCCUCGUCGUAAAAUCUCUCGAGGAAUGGGGCCAGCUUCACUCCGGACGCCUCGUUCAAGGAAACGUGAUGGGAUCCCUCGAAUCGUGGCUCCUCCUUCGCUCGCUCCGCACGCUGCACCUGCGCGUGCCUCGCCAGUCUGAAAGUGCCACCGCCUUGGCGCAGUGGCUGAAUAAAGUCGCCUUGACUCCCAAGGGCCAAACGUACGAUGGCGUUCCGGGAGGAUUGAUCCAGAAGGUCUGGCACUCUUCCCUCCAGGGCAAAGAUGCUCGCGGCUUCUCUCCCGAGCAGCAAUUGGAGGGAGGAUUUAAUCCUACUUUCGCUAUGAUGUUGGAACGAUCCGAAGACGCAAGCCUUCUUCCUCACAUACUGAAAUAUUUCAUCCCAGCAACAAGCCUUGGCGGUGUCGAGUCUUUGGUCGAGCAACGCAUUCGAUCAGACCCUGGGGCUGAUCCCCGCUUAAUACGCAUCAGCGUCGGAGUCGAAGGUUUAGCAGAUUUGAAGAAUGAUCUCAGAAAUGCUUUCCAGGAGAUCGCAAAGAACAAAGCGAAGCUUUGAUGUUAAGGCUCUCGUGGAAUGUCCGAGGCCAUCUAUAUCGAAGGGUGGCAUUUAUUCGUCAAAUCGACGCUCUUGGCUAGAGCGACCAAUAUCAUACCAGUUUCACG